AUGGUGCUGACCCAUUCUCUUGUCACCCAAAGUUACACAGGCCAACAUAUGGUGCUGAUUCAUUCUCUUGUCACCCAAAAGAAUGACAGACUAUGUAAAAGAGAGAAUGACAGACUAUGUAAAAGAGAGAAUGACAGACAAUGUAAAAGAGAGAAUGACAGACAAUGUAAAAGAGAGAAUGACAGACAAUGUAAAAGAGAGAAUGACAGACUAUGUAAAAGAGAGAAUGACAGACUAUGUAAAAGAGAGAAUGACAGACUAUGUAAAAGAGAGAAUGACAGACUAUAUAAAAGAGAGAAUGACAGACUAUGUAAAAGAGAGAAUGACAGACUAUGUAAAAGAGAGAAUGACAGAGAGAAUGAAUGUAAAAGAGAGAAUGACAGACUAUGUAAAAGAGAGAAUGACAGACUAUGUAAAAGAGAGAAUGACAGACUAUGUAAAAGAGAGAAUGACAGACUAUGUAAAAGAGAGAAUGACAGACUAUGUAAAAGAGAGAAUGACAGACUAUGUAAAAGAGAGAAUGACAGACUAUGUAAAAGAGAGAAUGACAGACUAUGUAAAAGAGAGAAUGACAGACUAUGUAAAAGAGAGAAUGACAGACUAUGUAAAAGAGAGAAAUGA